AUGGUUGCAGGUUUUGCCAAGACACGCGAGAAUGUCCUGCCGCUGGCAUACAAGUUCGCAAACCUGCCCCAAAGUACAAAGGAGAAGUAUGAAGUGCCGCCAUUCUACCAGAGGGGCUGGGACUGCGGACACGAAUCCAUGAAGGAUGGCGUUCCGGAUCUGUCCAAGGGUUCGUUCUACGUCAACCCCCAGGUGGACAGCUUCCCUGAUGUCGAUGCUGCUACCAUCGCCAAGUAUCCUGGUUUCUACGGAGACAACGUGUUCCCCGAGGAGGAAAUCCCCGAAUUCGAGACCAAUGUUAAGGCUGCGUGUCAACUGGUGAUGUCUGUGGGCAAGAAGUUGGCUACACACUGUGACACCUACGUCAAGAGCCAGAUCCCCGAUUUCGAACCAAAUCGCAUGUCGACAAUCGUCUCGGAGAGCAAGCAUCACGCGGCUAGACUUCUGCACUACUUCCCCAUGGAUGAGGCCAAGAUUGCGGCCGGUGCAGGUGAUAUGGCGGUGAAUGAGGACGACAGUUGGUGCGGAUGGCACAACGAUCAUUGCACACUGACGGGACUGCUGCCAGGACAAUUCCAUGACAAGAAUGGCAACCCCAUCUCCAGCCCAGACCCCAAGGCUGGUCUGUACAUCAAAUCGCGCAGUGGUGAGGUCAUCCACGCGAAGGCGCCUAAGGAUGUGAUGUUGUUCCAGAUCGGAGAGACGGCACAGAUCCAUACCGGUGGACUUCUCAAAGCCACUCCGCAUAUGGUACGGGGCGCUGCUGUGAAAGAUGUGUCGCGCUCCACUUUAGCUGUGUUCAUGGAGCCAGGAGAGCUGUUCGAUGUGGCCUUACCGAAGGGCGAAGGUAUCACGGUGGAGAAGACUGUGGCUAACAAUGGCCAACUACCGCCGUCCGUGCCUACUCUGGCUUCGAGAUGGAACAAUGAUAAAGGUGACACAUUUGGAGAGUUCACUCGCCGCACCAUCGAGGGAUAUUAUAAGUAAUUUUGGCCUAUUGCUGAACAUAGUUUGACAUCGAGCAACUAGACCUGUAGUGUGCAGCCGAGGAAUGCUGCAAGUAUUUGUAAUACAAAGCUCGAGGUUUGGUAUAAUUGAACCACAAGGACUAAACGCAUAUCGUAUAAUCGAGGGAAUCUGGUUGUAGUGAAUAAAUCAAUAAAACAAAUGUUCAAAAUGCACA